ACAAUGUUUGACUAGGAAUAAUAUCGAACGACAUAUAAAUAUGAAACGGAGGGAAUACCAAUCAAGGCCACUGCUAUUUUUUUCCUUUCAUCUUUAAAACUUUCAUCCAAGAUUUUAUAUGAAAAAGUAUCCGCUAAGAAUGCACGUUCCAAAUACCAAUCAAAGCGGCGCAAAAAAAAAAGACAGAAUUGUAAUUCUGGGCUUUACGUGGGCCGUAAUUGGACCCGUCGAUCCCCUUGACGGAAAACCCAACCGACGCCGCCGCCCGAUCCAUCGGCGGCCGGCGGCGGCCGGUGGGUGAUGCUCGGCGGCGGACACGAGGUCGAGGACUCCUUCGACCCCUGCUUCACCGACGCCCACACCGUGUCGCCUUCCCGCACCUCCACUCCGCGCCUCCUAGCUUCCGCCUCGUCACUCCGCCGGCGGUGUCGCCCUACGCGACCACAUCGCCGGUGGGCGGUGGCGUCAAGCUCUGUCAGGGCGGCCGGAGACUCCGCGCUCAUCCGGAUAACCUGCGGAUCGCCGGAUCAUCUGCAGCAUAUACAAGGAUUAUUAUUAUGGAAAAUUACGGGUCUGAGUGGCUGAGAUUUUCGUUUCUGAUGAAUCUCACUGAUGUUGAACAAUGAUCACAGAGCAAGUCGCCUGCUGUCGUGUCGUCGUCUCAGGUUAAUCGUAUCCCAGAAUGGAGUUAACAUGGGACCGAUCAAUCCACCAAUUGUUAGAAUCAUAUAAGAAUUCCUUUCAAAAAAAAAAACAAAAGAGAGAAAAGAAUCAUAUAAGAAUUACUUGUGGAACUGGAAGUAUAAUAAAACCGUUGGCGUCAUGUUGUCAAGGGUAGUAUACUGUAUACUGGAGACGGAGGCUACAUUAUUGGCCACUUGGUCAUCAGGUGAGAUGAACAAACAGGUUAGCUCUACAUAGAUCAAUAAUAUAAUUGCCUAAUCAAGACAAAACUAUGGACAAAAAGUUAGGUAAUCCUCCAUUUUCACUGAAGAUUAGCCUCCUCUCUGAAGAAAAACUGGUGUUGAGUUGAAUUCCAUGGGCUGGUAGCUGGUUGAGUUGAAGGCCUUAGCUUGCCAUGAUAGUGCAGACGCCAUGGCUCUUACUGCUACAAAAAUGAAGCAGCCGACGAUGGCCACGAGGCUGGCUGCAGGCUGCACCCUCUCGCUGUUGGAUUGAUCAGCCCGUAUCAGCAAAGGAUUUUUCAUGUUGCUGAAUCUUGCCAGAGGAAAGGAUAUCAAUUCUGUCUGUGGAGACGAAGUAAAUAAGAACAAAAGCUUUCUUGGUACUUUACAUUUGUCUAUUUGCCAACAUUCUCUAACCAUCUAAAACAGCUUCUGAAAUUUUAGGCUCUUGCAUGUUCUUUAAAAAGGAUUACUAACCGAUAUGUAUUAAUCCCUUUCUCUUUUGUCUAUGCAUAUAAGCAAGACCUAAAUUUAUUCGUCCAAGGAGCUGGUCAUGAAGAUCACUGCAAUUGGGUUGUUUUUGUUGGUGCUUAUAGCGAGCUGUCCUGUCCAAAUCUUCUGCAGUUCGUCGUAUGGAAACGAGACAGAUAAGCUCUCACUGCUUGAGUUCAAAAAGGCAAUCAGUCUUGAUCCCCAGCAAGCCCUGAUUUCUUGGAAUGACACCAAUCACUUUUGCAGCUGGGAAGGAGUCUUGUGCAGGAAGAAGACACCCCUUCGUGUCAUUUCUCUUGACCUUAGCAACCGAGGAGAGAUCCCUCUAUCCCUCGGUCACCUGCAUCACCUCCAAACCCUCUACUUGAGCAACAACACAUUAGAAGGAAGGAUACCUGAUUUUACAAACUGUUCCAGUCUCGAGAUUCUAUUGCUCAAUGGCAAUCACCUAGCUGGACAGUUGAAUAAUAGCUUUCCUUCUCAGCUUCAAAAUCUGAUACUUGCAGAAAAUAAUCUUACUGGAACCAUCCCUUCUUCUCUUGCCAAUAUCACAGGACUAAGAGGACUUAGUUUCAUGUCAAACAAUAUCAAGGGAAACAUCCCAAAUGAGUUUUCAAAGUUCGUCAUGAUGGAGCUUCUUGCUGUGAGUGGAAACAUGUUGUCAGGAAGGUUUCCACAAGCCAUCUUGAAUCUUUCUACUCUCACUAAUCUUCACCUUAGUUUUAAUCAUCUAAGUGGGGAGCUACCAUCCAAUUUCCUUUACUCUCUACCCAAUCUACAAGUACUUGCAUUGGACUACAAUUUUUUUCAAGGCCAUAUCCCCAGCUCAUUGGGAAACGACUCCAACAUACGUGUACUGGACAUAACAAGUAAUAAUUUCACUGGAGUUGUACCAAGUUCCAUUGGCAAACUAAGCAAACUGUAUUGGUUAAAUCUUUAAUCCAAUCAACUCCAAGCACAUAAAAGGGAAGAUUGGGAGUUUAUGAACAGCUUAGCCAACUGCACUAGGCUACAAAGUUUCUCGAUGGCUUAUAACCGUCUAGAAGGCCAUCUACCGAGUUCGUUAAGCAACUUUUCCGCUCAUCUCCAACGACUUCAUUUAGGAGGAAAUGCAAUAUCAGAGUCUUUUCCCUCUGGCAUAGAACACCUCUCAAACUUGAUUGCUUUAUCAGUAGGAACUAAUGACUUUACUGGUACCCUUCCAGAAUGGCUUGGAAAUCUUAAACAGUUGCAAAUAUUAAGUUUAUAUGACAACUAUUUCACAGGGUUUAUUCCAUCAUCCCUUUCGAAUCUGUCUCAACUGGUAGCUCUCACACUACAAUUUAACAAGCUGGAUGGGCAGAUACCAAGCUUAGGAAACCAGCUGCAAAUGCUUCAAAUAUUCAAUGUUUUGUACAAUAAUCUUCAUGGUGUCAUACCAAAUGCGAUCUUCAGUCUUCCGUCAUUAAUACAAGUUGACUUAUCUUACAACAACCUACAUGGACAACUUCCUAUUGACAUUGGCAAUGCAAAACAACUAGUAUCUUUAAAGCUUUCAUCAAAUAAGCUAUCUGGAGAUAUUCUGAAUGCUUUGGGUGAUUGUGAAAGUCUUGAAGUCAUCAGGUUAGAUAGAAAUAAUUUUAGCGGGAGCAUCCCCAUUUCAUUAGGCAACAUAAGUAGCCUAAGAGUUCUCAAUUUAUCUCUCAAUAACUUAACAGGGUCAAUACCGGUAUCUCUUAGCAAUCUACAGUAUCUUGAGAAACUAAACCUAUCAUUCAACCAUCUUAAGGGCGAAAUCCCAGCAAAAGGAAUUUUCAAGAAUGCUACAGCUUUCCAGAUUGAUGGAAAUCAGGGGCUUUGUGGUGGGCCACCAGCCUUACACCUAACCACAUGUCCUAUUGUGCCAUUAGUAUCAUCUAAGCACAAUAACUUAAUUUUACUGAAAGUGAUGAUCCCACUAGCCUGCAUGGUGUCACUUGCUACAGUCAUAUCUAUUAUUUUUAUUUGGAGGGCAAAACUGAAGAGAGAAUCAGUAUCGUUGCCAUUUUUUGGUAGCAAUUUCCCCAGAAUUUCAUACAAUGCUCUUUUCAAAGCAACAGAGGGUUUCUCAACAUCCAGUUUAAUUGGCAGAGGGAGAUAUGGUUCUGUCUUUGUAGGGAAACUUUUUCAAGAAAACAACGUUGUUGCUGUGAAAGUUUUCAGCCUAGAGACAAGGGGAGCAGGAAAGAGCUUCAUCGCAGAAUGUAAUGCCUUAAGAAAUGUGCGGCAUCGCAAUAUAGUUCCUAUCCUCACUGCAUGCUCUAGUAUUGAUUCUAAAGGCAAUGAUUUCAAAGCUCUAGUGUAUGAGUUCAUGUCACAAGGGGACUUAUAUAAUUUACUAUAUACAACAAGACAUGAUAGCAACUCUUCAAAGUUGAACCACAUUUCAUUGGCUCAGAGGACAAGCAUUGUGCUAGAUGUAUCAAGUGCAUUAGAGUACUUGCACCAUAACAACCAAGGAACUAUUGUUCACUGUGAUCUGAACCCUAGCAACAUCCUUCUAGAUAAAAAUAUGAUUGCUCAUGUUGGAGACUUUGGCCUUGCAAGAUUCAAAAUCGAUUCUUCGUCACCUUCUCUAGGUGAUUCAAACUUAACAUCUUCACUCGCAACAAGGGGAACCAUUGGAUAUAUUGCACCAGAAUGCUCAGAGGGCGGUCAAGUUUCAACUGCCUCAGAUGUAUUCAGCUUUGGAGUUGUUCUCUUGGAACUAUUUAUUCGGAGAAGGCCAAUAGACGACAUGUUUAAGGAUGGAUUGAGCAUUGCAAAGCAUGUAGAGAUGAACUUCCCUGACAGGAUACUAGAGAUUGUUGAUCCCCAGGUGCAACACGAGCUGGACCUUUGCCAAGAAACACCAAUGGCAGUAAAGGAGAAAGGCAUACACUGCCUGCGCAGUGUGCUGAAUAUUGGACUCUGCUGCACCAACCCAACACCGAGUGAACGCAUCAGCAUGCAGGAGGCGGCUGCCAAGCUACACGGAAUCAAUGAUUCAUACCUUAGAGGAAACUAG